CAUACGAUGAAGGUGCUACUGCAGACGGGAAUAUUAGUUAUAUGGUUCACAUCGAUCGUAUUUAGUCACGAUGAUCUGCCGUUUGACAAAUGCAGGCAGAACAUUAUGAGCAUCGACCAGAGCUCAAAUGUGCUGAAAAAGACUCCAUUGGACAUAUUGUAUCUCUCUCUGUGUGAUAACGAUCUGCUGAGCAUCGAUAAAAACUCGUUCCAGCGAUUCAACCAUCUAGAAAAGUUGAUUCUUGAUAGAAAUAGUCACUUAAAUUUUAAUUCCGAUGGAUCUGAGUUUCUUGAGUCAGAGAGUUUGACGGAUCUGCAUUGCUUUCGAUGUGGCGUUGAUAAAAUAUACAACAAAUCACUGCAAGGAAUGCCUCGAUUGGAGCAAAUCAACCUUACCGACAACCGAAUUGAACAGAUUGAAGCCAAAGCAUUUUAUGGUAACAAGAACUUGGAAAGGAUUGACUUGCGGUUUAAUAAGUUGCGACGGUUGCCUAGUGAAAUGCUGACACCACUUGACAGUAUCCGAUGGAUUGAUUUAAGUUCGAAUACGGAACUUGCUCCGGAGGGCAGUGAACCUUUUUUGAUAAGUACAGUGUUGGAAAAACUACGCUGUAACGAGUGCGGAUUUGUGAUAGUUCAGGAGUAUACAUUUGCCAUGCUGCCGGGCUUGAAGGAACUGUUUCUUCGAAAGAACGAGAUUUACAAGAUACAUAGUAUGGCAUUUCCUCAGUCAGCUUUAACGAAAUUGAUGCUUGAAGAUAAUGCGCUGAAGAGCAUUGAUCAGAGUAUAUUGAAUGUGAUGAAUUUGACUAUUUGCUUGGACAACAAUAGUAACGAAUUGGAAUGCUUCCUCAAAGAUCUGUUGGAGCAUUGGAGGCGAACCAGCCCAAGGCUGAAAGCCUCCCUAAUAAAGAUAAAUAAUAAUAAGAAUCUGUCGGAGCAGAAAAAGUUUUUCUGUUCUACUACUUCGCGAGAGGAUGUUGAGUGCUUGCCACCAACUACAGUCAAAAUCUCUACCGCUAGUACUAUCGAUGUCACUAAUAGUACCACCGAUAUGACCAUCAUUUCCACGAACGGCAGAAUGCCCAUAACGACAACCAAUCAUCAGGAUACUUUUGCAAAAACUCUGAAUAAAAUUGUCCAACACUAUGUAAUACCGUUUUUACAUCGCUCCAAACUUCUCAGAAACGAGUUAGACCUAUGCGUGGGGAACCUAACCAGCAUCGAUGAAAAUUCAGAAGUAUUCAAAAAUGCACCAUCGGGCAUAAUCUAUACUUCUCUUUGCAAAAACGAUCUGAUAAUUAUCGAUAAAAUCACGUUCCAGCGAUUCAACCAUCUAGAAAGCUUAAUUCUGGAUAAAAACAGACGCUUACGUUUUCCUGGCGAUGGAUCUCAUUUUCUUGAGCUGAAAAGUUUGAUAGAUUUGCAGUGUUCUCAAUGUGGCGUUGAUAGAAUUUACAACCACUCACUGCAGGGAAUGCCUCGAUUGGACCAGAUCAACUUGUCCGAUAAUGUUAUAGAACAAAUUGAAGUUGGAGCAUUUUAUGGCAACAUGCAGCUGGAGCAGAUUGACUUGCGUUCGAAUCAACUGAGACGAGUGCCCAGUGAAAUGCUGACACCACUUGUCAGUAUCCGAAGGAUUGAUUUGAGUUUCAAUGUGGAACUUGCUCCGGGCGACAGUGAACCUUUUCUAAUAAGCACAGCGUUGGAAAAUUUGAGGUGUGACGAGUGUGGGUUUGUGACAGUUCAGAAAUAUACAUUUGCCAUGCUUCCGAGUUUGAAGAAACUGUAUCUUCGGAGAAACAAAAUUUCUCAAAUACAUGGGCUGGCAUUCCCUCAACUGGAUUUAACGAUACUGAUGCUAGAAAGUAAUGCACUCAAGAGCAUCGAUCCUUGUAUAUUAAAAGUGAUGAAAUUGAAAAUGUGCUUGGAUGACAAUACCAAUGAGCUGCUGUGCUACCUCAAAGAUUUAUCCGAUCAAGAAAGAUUUAUCUGUUCCAAUACUUUGAGAGAGAAUACUGGAUGUAUGGUACCAAGCACAACUACAUUUGAUGUCACUAAUGGUAGCACUGAUCCUGGGCUGUCCACCAUUCCUUCGGAAACCAUCCCAAAUACCGACAACUAUUUAGCUUCAAUUGUCUCCGCACCAACAACGGAGAACAUACACGGAAUUAUAGACACACGGAUGAUUGGUCACCUAAUAUUAAUAUACCUGACCCUGAUUGUCAUCUUCGUUCUGCUGGUAGGUGUUUGGUUCAAAUUGAAAAAGAAAGACACCUCUGGGGACAGCGGAAGGUUCACCGGAAGUAUGCCCUCUCGGUUUCCCAUGUACGAGUCGGCAGAUAUGUUGAUUUCCACUGAUGUUUGAUUUUCUGAAUCCUGCAGUUCUGAUUUUCGAAGGUGACUUCAGCAUUUCGUGACUCUGAUAACAUAUGUCGUGUAUGCGGUUUUUGAAAAUAAAAAAAAAAAUUGGUAAGAAACAAUAUUAUCUGUUGAGUGUUCAUGUUGUUACGAUCAUCAUCCUGCACAAAUUGAAGUUAGUUUUAGAUGAAGCCACCGAAGACACCAGGAAAGUUUUAUACAUUUUUUUAAUCAACCUUUUGUAGUGA